AUGGCACCCGGCGCCCUCAACGUCGGCCACAGCGCCCACUCGAACGAGCUCCACCGUCUGCUCCAAGGACGUGAGACUCGAUGGUACAAGGGCCGGCUCUUGAGGCUCAACUUGAUCUUGCUCCUCCUCCUCAUCACGUCGAGCACCAACGGAUACGAUGGUAGUAUGAUGAACGGUCUCCAGACCUUGUCAACCUGGAAGGGCUACUUUGGCGAUCCCCAGGGCGGUCUCCUCGGUCUCUUCAACGCCAUCCAGAACAUCGGUGGUAUCGCUGGUCUUCCCUUCGCCCCUUACAUCUCGGACAGAUUCGGUCGUCGCAUGACCAUCUUCCUCGGUUGCAUCCUCAUGCUCAUCGCCACUGCUAUUCAGACUGCCGCCCAGAACAUCGGCAUGUUCAUUGGUGCCCGCUUCCUCAUCGGAUUCGGUCUCUCCUUCGCCUGCAUUGCUGCUCCUGUGCUCAUCACUGAGCUGGCAUACCCCACCCACCGUGCUCCCAUCACAUCCCUCUACAACUCCACUUGGUACCUUGGCUCCAUCAUUGCCGCCUGGACUACAUUCGGGACCUUCCGCAUAGACUCGACCUGGGGCUGGCGCAUCCCCUCGCUCGUCCAGGGUGCCCCCUCUGCUCUCCAGGUCCUCCUCAUCUGGUUCUGCAUCCCCGAAUCCCCUCGGUGGCAGAUCGACCACGGACAGGACGCCAAGGCUAUGAAGACGCUCUGCUACUACCACUGCAACGGCGACGAGAGCGACCCGCUCCUCAACUUCGAGUACAACGAGAUCAAGGACGCCAUCCGGCUCGAGAAGCUCGCCAACAAGUCUAGCACCUACGCCUCCCUCUUCACCAACCCCGGGAACCGUCGCAGGAUGCUCAUCAUCAUCCCCAUCGCCUUCUUCUCCCAGUGGUCGGGCAACGGUAUCGUCUCGUACUAUCUCGGCAAGACGCUCGACGGAGUGGGCAUCAGGUCUGAGGGGCAGAAGAACCUCAUCAACGGUAUCCUCCAGGUCUACAACCUCGUCACUGCCUACAUCGGAGCCCUCGUCGUCGACAAGGCCGGACGUCGUCUCCUUUUCCUCACCUCGACCGCCGGUAUGUGCGUCUCGUACGCCGUCUGGACCGCCUGUGCCGCCACCUACGCCAAGAGCUACACCACGGUCGACGCGGAUGGUUACCCCAUCGGCGCCAACACCUCGGCGGGUAACGCCGUCCUCGCUUCAAUCUUCUUCUAUUACGGCUUCUACAACAUCGCCCUCUCGCCUUUGCUCGUCUCUUACACUGUCGAGAUUCUGCCCUUCCGCAUCCGCUCCAAGGGUCUCAUGGUCAUGCAGAUGUGUGUCAGCGCCAGUCUGGUCUUCAACCAGUACGUCAACCCCAUCGCCAUGGACGCUCUCGACUGGAAGUAUUACAUCGUGUACACGUGCUGGAUCGCAUUCGAGUUCUGCUAUCUUUACUGGGCCGUUGUGGAGACCAAGGGCAAGGACGGACGCGCCCGGCCGCUCGAGGAGAUCGCCCAGCUGUUCGACGGCGAGCAGGCCCACGAGGACCUCCAAUUCUACGGCCAGGCACUCGAGUCCGGUCGGCCCGGAGAGGCAGCGGGCGGUGUCAAGGAGAAGGGCGAGUUUGACGACGAGAAGCUUAGUGGCGAGCACGUCGAGAGGGUGGAGCGUCUCUAG